CAACUUUUUUUUUGUGGACGUUAUAAUAAAGGUCGAAAAAUUGAAGCGAGGGAAGGAGGGAGAGGAAGGAAGAUCUUGCCCCCACCGGUGGAAUAAGGGGCUGAAGGUUUCUUGGGGUGCCCCCUAGAACCCCUCAUAUAUCCCACCCAAUUGGGGGACGUCCCCCCCUGCAGUCCAUCCAGCCUCUCCCAUGGGGGCGGCCAGCUGCGAAGACGAGGAUCUGGAAUUCAAGCUGAUAUUUGGCGAAGAGGAGAAGGACCCCCCGGGAAUGGGGGUGUCGCUGGAAGACCUCGACACCGAAGACGUCCCUUCGUGUUGCAUCUUGGCCCUGGAUGACCCACCAGCCUAUGCCUCCCCCCUAGGCAUCCCCUGCCCACCCCGCCUGGGCGGGGGCCCCCGGGCUGGCAUGCACUCCCCCCCGCCCCGCCCAGCACGGGAUGACACCUUCGAGAGCCAGCCGGUGCGGUGGGUGCGCCUGGGGGCCAAUGCCCGCAUCCUGGAGUGCCCCAGCAUCCAGAUCACCACCAUCUCGCCUGGCACCGACUGGGAUUGUUCCCCACGUGACUACCUGCCCCUGGAAGCCUACGGAGGCUACCGGGAGGUUCCUCCAGCCUCUGGCUUCUUCACCCCGAGCCCCGCCAGCAGUGGCAGUGCCUCCCCCUGGAGCUUCUUCUCGGACGAUGAUGGGGCGGGUGCUGACGAUGUGGAGCGGGAGCUGAACGAAGCUGCCGCCCGCUUUGCCCUCAGCUCCCCCUGUGGCUCGCCCAAGCCCUGGGCUGGGCUAGAGGAGCCCUGGGGGCUGUACCCUGCUGGGCGGGGGGCCGAGGAUGGCUGGCUGGCCCUCGCACCCCGUCCGGCCUCACCUUGCGGCAAACGGCGCUACUCCAGCUCGGAGACCCACUCCUCGGCCUCACCCUGCCUCUCCCGCCGCGGCAGCCUGGGCGAGGAGGGGGGCGGGGAGCGGGGGAGGGGGGUGGGUGGGGAGGGGCCGCCCUAUGAGGCUGCUGGGCAGCACCCCCCAGCUGAGAGCAUCCCGCAGAAGGCCCGCAAGACCUCCACCGAGCAGACAGUGGCGCUGACGCGGAAGGAGGAGGGGUGCUGCAAUGGUGACGACGGGGGGGUUGGGGCGGCCCGCAAGGACGGGAUGGACUAUCUGGCUGUGCCCUCCCCGCUGGGCUGGUCCAAGGCCAGGAUCGGGGGCCACAGCCCCAUCUUCAGGUCGUCCGCUCUGCCUCCCUUAGACUGGCCCUUGCCCAGCCAGUAUGAACAAUACGAGCUGAAGAUCGAAGUCCAGCCCCGGACCCACCACCGGGCCCAUUACGAGACCGAGGGCAGCCGGGGGGCCGUGAAGGCCGCCCCGGGGGGUCACCCUGUGGUGAAGCUCCUAGGCUAUGACGAGAAGCCACUGACUCUGCAGAUGUUCAUCGGCACAGCCGACGAGCGCAACCUGCGGCCUCAUGCGUUCUACCAGGUGCACCGCAUCACUGGCAAGAUGGUGGCCACUGCCAGCUACGAGACCAUCAUUAGCAGCACCAAGGUGCUGGAGAUGUCCCUGCUGCCCGAGAACAACAUGGCGGCCAACAUUGACUGCGCAGGGAUCCUGAAGCUACGGAACUCGGACAUCGAGCUGCGCAAGGGCGAGACCGACAUCGGGCGCAAGAACACCCGGGUCCGGCUGGUUUUCAGGGUCCACGUCCCCCAGGGCAAUGGGAAAGUCGUCUCCAUCCAAGCCGCCUCCGUGCCAAUUGAGUGCUCCCAGCGCUCGGCGCAGGAGCUCCCCCAGGUGGAGACAUGCAGCCUCAGCGCAGGGUCGGGGCACGGGGGCGAGGAGAUGGUGCUGUCGGGCGCCAACUUCCUGCCUGACUCCAAGGUUGUCUUCAUUGAGAGGGGUCCCGAUGGGAAGCUCCAAUGGGAGGAGGAGGCCUGUAUCAACCGGCUCAAAAGCAACGAGACCACACUGACCCUCACAGUCCCAGAAUACAGCAACCCGCAGGUGGCCCGGCCUGUCCAGGUCUAUUUCUACGUCUCCAAUGGGCGGCGGAAACGGAGCCCAACGCAGGCCUUUAAAUACCUGCCCGUGAUCUUCAAGGAGGAGCCACCCUCCUCCUCCCCACUCCGUGGCUUCCCCCUCGGCCCCUCCUCCCCAGUGCCCCCUUGUGGUCCCCCUUACCCCCCCGAGGGCCCUGGGGACAUGGACAUUUCCCCCAGUCGCCCCCACUUCCCUUGCUACCCUGAUGACUCCCCCUACAAGGCUGGCUACUCCCCCUCCCCCACGGCCUUUGGGAGCCCCUCCCCAUACCCUGAUGGGCCCCCACUGCUCUCUUUGACACCCCCUUAUCACCGCUGCCUGGCCACCGAGCCCUCCCACCGCUACCCCCACACGGAGCAGUACGGGGGGACUGGGCUGACAGUGCCCCCCCACUUCCAUCCGCUGGGCUACCAGUCCCCCCACUUCCAGGCCCCUGCCCAGCUCACCCCACCACCACUGUCGGAGGGAGCCGGGCCCCACAACUGGGGGGAUCCGGAGUCGGGGGAGACUGAGGAGGUGGAGAAACCCAGAGGCAGCGGAUACCGGGUGGCUUUCCGUGACAGCCUGCCUGUCCAGGGGAUCACGCUGGAGGAAGUGACCGAGAUCAUCGGCCGGGACCUGAGUGACUUCCCAGAGCCGCUCUGUGAAGGCAGGGGGAGCUGAGAUCCUAGCCGCUCCCGGG